AUGGCAGACACCAUUGAGAAGGGAAUGAAUGAUCUCAUGAGACUUUAUGAUGAAAUAAGAGAACGAGCCACACCAUCCACUGAGAUAAGGCGCAAAAUUGACGCAUGUGAGGCUGUAACUAAAGACAUUAUAAAGCUUAUCUACGAACGCUUAUCAGAAGUAGAUGAAGACUUUGAUGCAGAGUGUGAAAGGCAACGGCUUCGCCAGCUACUAGCCCACGACUAUGCUUACUCCAUAUAUGGUACAGCAUCUCAGUCAGGUGCCAGUCGCCAUUCAGAAUCAACGCUUUUAUCAGCAAAAAGGGCUGAUGCAGCCGCAGAGCUCGCUGCUAAAGAGGCUCAAUACAAACUAAUGCAGGAAGAAAGAAUUCAAAAGGAGAAAAUAAGAGAAAUGGAAGAGCAACAUAAAAAAGAGUUAGAAGUGCAGAAGUCUGAAUUAGAGCGUCUACGGGCUGAAAGGGACGUUGAAGCUGCUCGUGCCAGACUUGAGAUAUAUGACAGAGAAAUUAGACAGGAUAAUGAUAGUCAGCCCAUACAGCUAAACAACAGACAGAUCACUCCUGGCACCCCAGUAUAUAGCCAAGGCCCUAACUCUGACACACCAGCGCCCCCUACUGACAUGUCUUAUCUGGCCCAAGCAAUCCAUGACAGCAUAGCCAUAAACAGACUGCCUAUGCCAAUGCCCACAGUGUUUAGUGGAGACCCACUUUUCUACAUUGAAUGGAAGGCUUCAUUCUUGUCACUUGUGGACCGAAAGGGUAUUUCUUCAGCUGAUAAACUUUACUACCUAAAGAAAUACGUCAGUGGCCCUGCUUACAAAUGCCUUGAAGGCACCUUUUAUCGAAAUGAUGAAGAGGCAUACACAGAUGCGUGGAAUAAGCUCAAUCAACGCUACGGUCAGCCAUUUCUCGUCCAAAGAGCCUUUAGGGACAAACUAUCAAAAUGGCCAAAAAUACAGUCAAAGGAUGCAGAAGGAUUAAGAGCAUUCUCAGACUUCCUAAAUGCCUGCUUGCAAGCCAUGCCUCAUGUGAAGGGUCUAGAAAUAUUAAGUGACUGUGAAGAAAACCAAAAGCUAACACAGAAAGUUCCUGAUUGGGUAGCAUCCCGUUGGAAUCGUCGAGUCACAACAGCCCUCAUGGAAAAUAAAGAGUUUCCCACCUUUGAGGAUUUCACAAAGUUCAUGUCAGUAGAAGCAGAGAUAGCAUGCAACCCAGUCACUUCCCUACAUGCUCUUCACACAUCUGACCCACCCCAUGACAAGAAAAGCACAAGAGAAACAAAAGGAAACAAAGCCAAUGUCUUCAGCACUCAAACCAUCCUUAACAGUGAUAAAUCAACACCAAGCGAUGAGAGAUCAAGGCUCCCCUGUAUGUGGUGCAAAGAUAACAAACAUCAACUCCCCAAGUGCCCACACUUCAUGGAAACGUCCCUUGAGGACCGACGGAAACACAUUAAGGACAACAAGCUGUGUUAUGGAUGUGUGAAACCAGGUCACAGCGCCAAAGAAUGUCGUCACCGCCACACUUGUGACGUGUGCAAGGGAAGACAUCCAACCUGUCUUCAUGAUGAAAACUACAGAACACAAGUAGGUAGAGAAAGGCCUUUAUCCAUUGUAAAUACAGCUUCAAACACAGCAGAUGAAACCACAGCAGCCAUGGCACUCAACGUCACAAGAGAGGGUCAGUCAUGCAACACUUCCAUGAUCGUCCCUGUAUGGGUGUCCUCUGCUGCAAAUCCAUCCCAGGAGCAGCUUGUCUAUGCAUUAUUAGACACUCAAAGUGACAGCACAUUCAUUGAAAAUGAGGUAAGCAAGGAAUUACAAGCAGACGCCUACCCUGUGAAACUGAAACUUACCACCAUGCUUGGAGAGAACAUGAUAAUGAAGAGUGAAAGGGUUUCUGGACUCCGUGUGAGAGGCUACAAUUCCUGCUUUCACAUCGACCUUCCUCCUUCAUAUACUAAAGACUGCAUUCCAGUGAAUCGUGAUCAUAUACCCACUCACGAAACAGCAAAACAAUGGCCGCACUUGACAACAAUCUCUGAUAAGAUUCCACCUCUUCUUUGCUGUGAUAUAGGACUCUUAAUUGGCUACAACUGUCCCAGGGCACUAACACCAAGACAGGUGCUAGCAGGAAAAGACAAUGAACCCUAUGCCAUCCUAACAGACUUGGGAUGGAGCAUUGUGGGCUGCUCGACACCUCACCUGGAUGAAACAGGAUCCAGCUUGUGUCACAGAGUUGCUUUAAAGGAACUUCCUCCAGUAACGCCGAUGGACGUGUUAAGCGCCCUAGAGUCAGACUUUAAGGACACUAAAACAGAUGACAAGACUGUCUCACAAGAGGAUCUUGUUUUCUUGGACAAACUCAAAGAGAGCAUAAGGAAAAAUGACCAAGGACAUUAUGAAAUGCCCUUACCCUUUAAGCAACGGCCACAUCUACCUGAUAACAAGAAACUCGCUGAAAUCCGGCUCAGUCAUUUACGGCGGAAAUUCCACAAGGAUGAGAAAUAUAAGAAGGACUACACAGCAUACAUGGAUGAGAUCAUUGAAAGAGGUGAUGUCGAAGAAGUAGAUGAAAACGGAACUAACGGUGAACGCUGGUACAUUCCCCAUCAUGGCAUCUACCACCCUAAAAAGCCUGGAAAACUGCGCAUAGUUUUUGACUGCUCAGCAAAGUACGGAGGCACAAGCCUAAAUGAACACCUUCUCCCAGGGCCAGACAUGAUAAACAACCUAACGGGUGUCCUCAUACGGUUCAGACAGCAUCCCAUAGCUCUCAUGUGUGACAUAGAGAAAAUGUUUCACCAAUUCCAUGUCCAAAAGGAUGACCGCAACUACCUGCGCUUCUUGUGGUGGAAGGGAGGAAACACAGACACACCACCUCAAGAGUUCAGAAUGAAGGUACAUCUCUUCGGUGCAGUGUCAUCCCCUGGCUGUGCGAACUAUGGACUAAAAUACCUAGCCAAGGAAAACUGUCUCUCACAUCCAAUAGGCUCUCAGUUCAUGGCAAGAGACUUUUACGUUGAUGAUGGAGUCACAAGUACAAACACUGUGGAAAAGGCCAUUCAGGUGGCACAUGAGGCACGAGAGAUAUGCGCAAAAGGUGGCCUCCGUCUUCACAAAUUUGUGUCAAACAACUAUGCUGUCCUACAGAGCCUACCCUCAUCAGAGUGUGCAAUAGACACCAAGACAAAGGAUUUGACCUUCACUGACAUACCACUAGAGCGAGCAUUAGGGAUUCACUGGAACAUUGAGGCAGAUAGCUUCAGAUUUAACAACACCUUGAAAGACCAACCAGCUACACGCAGAGGCAUAUUGUCUACUGUGGCAUCCAUAUAUGAUCCCCUGGGCUUCCUUGCACCUUAUGUUCUCACUGGGAAGAAGAUCUUACAGGAAAUGUGCCACCAAGGUGUUGGUUGGGAUGAUCCCCUGCCGGAGAUGCUGAAGCCACGGUGGGAGAGCUGGCGACACGACUUUGCCAACCUAGAGAAGAUAAACAUAGCUCGAUGCUACAUACCUGCAAACUUUGGAGAGGUUGUAGAAACAGAGCUUCACCAUUUUUCGGAUGCAAGCACCAGCGGAUACGGUCAGUGCUCUUAUCUGAGAUUCAGGAACCAAAGAGGAGACAUUCACUGUUCCCUAGCCAUAGGAAAGGCCCGUGUUUCUCCCACAAAGUUAGCAACGAUACCAAGGCUUGAAUUAACUGCAGCAGUGGUCUCAGUCGGCGUCAGCAACAUGCUCAGGGAGGAGCUUGGGAGUGUUGAUGCAAAAGAGUACUUCUGGACCGACUCAAAGGUAGUUUUAGGCUACAUAAAUAACGAUGCAAGGCGCUUUCACACCUUUGUUGCCAACCGGGUCCAGAAGAUCCGCCAUAGCACAAGCCCCCAGCAAUGGUUUUAUGUCCCUACAGAUGAAAACCCAGCAGAUGGUGCUUCCCGUGGAAGAACUGUAAAUGAAUUGCUUACAUCUAACUGGUUCACUGGUCCCAUGUUCCUCUGGGAAAAGGAAAUAUGUACACCAAAAGAUGUAGCAUCAGACCUAUCCUUAGGAGAUCCAGAAAUCAAAAAGGUUCAGACGCUACAAACGAAGACCACCGAAACACUGAGUCUUGCCGACCGCCUGUCCAAGUUUUCCUCAUGGUCCCGAGCCAUCAAGGCUGUGGCCCGCCUUGUUCGACGGGCUAAGAAAAUUACAUCAAGUGCUCUGUCUACAGUGAGUGAACAGGAAAGUGCUGAGCGUGUCAUAAUCAGAGAUCUGCAAAGUCAAGCAUAUGAGGAAGAAAUUAAAUUGUUAAACAAAGGAAGUCAACUACCAUGUCGCAACAAACUGCGCCACCUUGAUGUUUUUCUUGACACAGACGGUAUCCUCAAGGUGGGAGGAAGACUCCGCCACUCGUCUCUCGCUGACCCAUUCAAGCAUCCGAUUGUCAUCCCCAAAGAGCACCAUGUGACAAAGUUAAUAAUAGCUCACAAUCACGAAAAGACAAAGCAUCAGGGGAAAGGCUUCACCACAAAUGAAAUCAGAUCCAGUGGCUUUUGGAUUCCUGGAAUGAGCAGAGCAGUUGCUUCAUACAUCCGCCAGUGUGUGGUAUGUCGUAGACUCAGGGGACUUCCAGAAGGCCAAAGAAUGAGUGAUCUUCCUGUGGAACGUGUAGAGCCCUCUCCACCAUUCACAUAUUGUGGUAUGGAUUGCUUUGGUCCUUUUGUCACUACGGAAGGACGGAAACAGCAUAAACGUUAUGGCCUGCUCUUCACCUGCUUUUGCUCACGGGCCAUCCACAUCGAGAUGUUAGAGGAUUUGUCCACUGACGCUUUCAUCAACGGCCUGCGAUGCUUCAUUGCUGUUCGAGGUGCAGUCCGUCAGAUCCAGUGCGAUCAAGGCACUAACUUUGUUGGUGCGAAGAAUGAAUUCAAGGCAGCGCUCCAAGAGCUUGAUACACAGAGACUAGGUAUGUUUCUGUCUCAAAAGCAGUGUGACUUUGUCAUGAAUGCGCCCCACUCCAGUCAUGCAGGUGGCGUAUGGGAGCGCCAAAUAAAGACAGUUAGGAGUGUUUUGAACUCCACUCUAUCACUUUCCCAUGGCAGACUCAAUGACGCUUCACUAAGGACUCUACUUUAUGAAGCCAUGUCCAUAGUCAACAGUCGACCCCUCACUGUGGAUAACCUAAACAGUCCUGACAGCCUAGAACCACUCACCCCCAAUCAUCUGAUCCACAUGAAAUCCAGCACAGCACUGCCUCCACCUGGCACUUUCCCCAGAGAGGACUUGUAUGGAGUGAAAAGAUGGCGCCGUGUGCAGUAUCUGGCAGAGCAGUUUUGGAGUCGCUGGAAACGGGAGUAUCUUCACAACAUCACCGUAAGGCAGCGUUGGCACUCGCCGAUGAGGAACCUACUA